GUGACUGACCUUAGUGUUUAGAUUAUGGAUGUUGUGUACGACGGCGUCUCACGCCUGACUCAACAAGUGUUUCGCGUAGCGCCUUUUCAUUGCCCCUCUGCUGAACGCUGGAUUUUGUUAUUUUCGUAUGUUUCGUCAUACUGAUUGUUGGCCUUGCGACCGACCCGAGCCCGCGGUGGUCUUUCGUUUCCAGCCACACCAGAAAUCAGUCGGUAUUCAGUCGUCUGCAGACACAGCUAAUUUCAAUGCCUUAUUAGUAAGUCGUGACGUACCCAAGAAGGAAGCCGUGUUUUGAGACCAGUGUUUCAGGACUCACACGUUCUAUGUUUUCUCCAGUGCUUAAUUUUUUAUCUUCACGCUUUCGUGAACUCGCAAUCUAGAGAAUGUGAAUCAGUGUUCUUCAAAGUGUGUUUUAACCGAAAUAUGUGCUGCUGCAACGAAGUUUUUAACCUGAUAUUUCGGUAUUCGUUGCCACAAUAAGCAAGUGGUCUUGCUUAUCAGAGUCCCCACGUGUGCUUGUUUUUCACCCUUAUCAGCUGAAAUAAUUAAAACAGUGUUUCAUUAUGGGUGAAGCUACGAAUUUGUUAAAUGUAAUGAACGGAGCUUUGCAAGCGCUCAGCUCUGGCGAAGCAGACUUCAAUCGAAUCAUCUCGGAGGCCAAACAUAUUCUACCAAAAAUUACGAAUCACCUGAAAGUUCUCGGAGAGAAAGGAUCAGGAUUCCGACCAAGAAGUGAUGCUGGCGUCCAAGACUUCUACGAACUACGAGACAGGUGCCUUGCAAAUGGAACACUUUUUGAGGACCCGGAUUUCCCGUGUGAUGACACCUCCAUUUUCUUUUCAAAACCUCCCACAAAACCUUUCGAAUGGAGGAGACCAUCGGAAAUCAGCACUAAUCCAAAAUUAUUCGUGGAAGGAGCAACCAGGUUUGAUGUUGUCCAAGGAGAGUUAGGUGAUUGCUGGCUUUUGGCCGCUGUUGCAAAUUUGACACUCAGCGAUCAAUUAUUUUAUCAAGUUGUACCUAAUGAUCAAGGAUUUGAAGACAAAUAUGCGGGAAUCUUUCAUUUCAGGUUUUGGCAGUAUGGAAGAUGGGUUGAUGUUGUUAUUGAUGACAGGUUACCAACUUGUUAUGGUAAAUUGGUAUUUUUACAUUCGUCAACACAAAAUGAGUUUUGGAGUGCUCUUUUGGAGAAAGCUUAUGCUAAGCUCCAUGGCUCCUAUGAAGCUCUUAAAGGAGGCAGCACAUGUGAAGCAAUGGAAGAUUUCACAGGAGGUGUUACGGAACUAUACGAGUUGUCAGAAGCUCCAGAGAAUCUUUUUCAUAUUAUUCUCAAGGCGUACGAAAGGUCUUCACUAAUGGGAUGUUCAAUUGAGCCAGAUCCUCGUGUAUUAGAAGCUACAACGCCCCUAGGUCUUGUCAAGGGUCAUGCCUACAGUAUUACAAAAGUCAAAUCAGUUGACAUAGCGACGCCUAACACAUCAGGAAAAAUACCUCUAUUGCGACUUCGGAAUCCUUGGGGAAAUGAAGCAGAAUGGACAGGUCCUUGGGGAGACAAAUCUCGAGAGUGGCAGUUCAUUUCAGAAGCUGAGAAAGCAGAAAUGGGUUUAACGUUUGAUGAAGAUGGAGAGUUUUGGAUGUCAUACAAAGACUUUUUACAACACUUUUCAAGAUUAGAGAUCUGCAACUUGAGUCCAGACUCUCUGACGGAGGAUCCAUCUCAUCAAAGUCACAAAAAAUGGGAAAUGAGUGUUUUUGAAGGUGAAUGGGUGCGUGGAGUCACUGCUGGAGGAUGUAGAAAUUAUCUUGAAACGUUUUGGCAUAAUCCCCAAUAUCGGAUCACAUUGGUAGAUCCGGAUGAGGAUGAUGCAGAUAAUAAAUGUACAGUUAUUGUUGGAUUAAUGCAGAAAAAUCGACGAAAACAAAGAAAAAUGGGUGCUGAAUGUUUGACGAUAGGUUUUGCUAUGUACCAACUGAACAAUCCAGAAUCCCUACCUAAACCGCUGGGCUUAGAUUUCUUCAAAUAUACGGCAUCAGUCGCUAGAUCUCCCUCUUUUAUUAACAUGCGAGAAGUAAGCUGUCGGUUCUCACUGCCACCUGGAGUUUAUUGCAUUGUGCCUUCAACUUUUGAACCGAACGAGGAGGGAGAAUUUAUUAUCCGAGUCUUCUCUGAGAAUAAGAAUAAUAUGGAAGAGAACGAUGAAGAAGUUGGAAUCGGAGAAGUUGAUGACCGAGUCAAAUUGCCGGAUGAACCAAUGCCUGAAGAAGUUAAAGCCAAUGAAAAGAUUCGAGAAUUGUUCAAGAAGUUGGCUGGUGAAGACAUGGAAGUUGAUUGGAUGGAAUUGAAAGAAAUAUUGGACUAUGCUAUGCGUAACGAUGUUCCUCGUAAUCAGCCUGAUAGUACAGGUGGUGAGAAUCUUCUAACCAGUUUGCUUACGCAGUGUUUUGGUAAUAUCUGCCGUGACCUACCCCUCAACUCAUUAUUUGAUACUGCUUGGAAAACUCUAACUCAAACCAAGAAUGAAGGCUUCUCUAAAGAUGUUUGUAGAAGUAUGAUUGCCAUGACAGAUGUGGAUCGAUCUGGAAAGCUUGGAUUUGAGGAAUUCAGACAAUUAUGGAUCGAUAUCAAACAUUGGAAGGAAGUGUUUAAACUUUAUGAUAAGAGCAACUCUGGUUAUCUCAGUGCCUUUGAAUUGCGUCAAGCUCUCAACUCUGCCGGAUACCACCUUAACAAUCACAUUUUGAAUGUCCUUUGUCACCGGUACGCCAGCAAAGAUGGCAAAAUAUCUUUUGAUGACUUCAUGAUGUGUGCUGUUCGAUUAAAAUCUAUGAUAGAUAUGUUCAAGGAAAGAGACCCGGAAAACACCAACACAGCAACAUUCACAUUAGAAGAGUGGGUGGAAAAAACUCUGUACUCAUAAGAUCUGCGUAUUUCCUAAGUUUUGUUAAACACUUUGAGCUAAGGUUUUUUUUACUGAAUGUCUUCUUUUAUUAUUCUUAUCACUAUUACGAUGCUUCAUAAUUUUAUUUCUUUUUGUACAAAAAGUUUUAUUAAAAUAAAUUUUAUUUUUGAACUUUA